AUGAGAGAAAGUGUUGAGUGUUGGAUCCUGGACGACCUCACCCUCACCUCCUUCAUAAUAUUAUUAUAAAUACUUCACCAACAUAAUGUUGCACUCCUGCAGUAUAUAAGGAAGAUUCAAUUGAAGCAUUAAACUGAGCUACUCAAGACUUUGCGAGAAGUUUGAUGUUUAAUGAUGAAAUCAUGUCCACCAUCACUGCCAGAGCUAAUCCCCACAAUAUAUAUCCUAGAUAAACGUAGAGUACUCCAGAAUUCUAUAGUCAUGCCAGGAUUGCACAAGAAAAAUAUAUCAAGAGUUUGAGAUUGUUUCUUUCUAAACAGCUCUUAAAGAGGUCAGAAAAGCAGGUACCCUUAAGUAUAUGAAUCUGGGAACCAUGCGAAGAUGAUAGAGAGUACUGGUGAUGAACAUGGAAAUUGGAAUUUUAUAUCUGUUCUUUCAAGAAUUGCAUUUGCAUCUUCUAUUUCAAGCUUUUUGAUCAUCAUAGUCACAGAAAAAGGGAAAACCUUGAGGAAGCAGAAUGGGCCAGUGUACAAGUGGGGAGUUACCACCACCCACACAUAAUAACCUUGAUGAACAUGGAGCUGAAAAUGGAGAAAACUCGCCCAAACAAGGAAAAGAAACUCAAAGAUCAUCUAGUCUAAAGAUAUUCCGGCGUCGCUCUUCAAAUUCCUCCUGGGUCAGUGGCAAAUUUGGCAAAGCACAUAAAGCAAAGGAUCUUUCUGCUGCUUUUAAUAUGCUGGAAUAUGAUUCCAAGAUGAAUUUAUUGAACAUAAACACUGCCCCUGAGGAAGAAUUGAUGACAUUACCGGGAGUGACUCGUGCAGUUGCAAGAAAUAUUGUCGAGUACCGCACAGCCAUUGGGGGAUUUCGACGUGUGGAGGACCUGGCACUUGUGUCUGGGGUUGGAGCUACUAAACUGCAGACAUUCAAAUGUGAUAUUACUGUUAAAAAAAAAUCUUUGAGUCAUUCUUCUUCACGUACACAAAGCAUCGACUCUCUUCCAAGUUGUGAGUCAGGGAAGUCCCAGCACUCUCACUCCCAAUCUCAGAGUGGAAGAAGCAUUCGUGAUUCACCCAUAAGAGUCAUGAAUGUGAAUGCUGCUUCUAUCUUUGAGCUAAUGAAUGUUCAUGGUAUGAAUCAAGAAAUGGCAGCUAAUAUUGUUGAGUACAGGGAAAGAAAAGGUCCUUUUAAGAGUAUCGAGGAACUAGUAAAAGUGAGAGGAAUCUCAGCUCGUGCUCUGAGUGUUCUGAAAAUAUAUUUGACAGUGAAUGCUGUUCCACCUGCUUCCCCACCCAUAAGUGACAUUAUCUCAGUUGCAAGCUAUAGUAAGGUAUACCCACGCACCAUUAGUGGUAGGAUGCCAGGUCAUCGACGAACACAUUCUGCUCCUUUGAACAAUGAUGGAGGUUCUCCUGGAAGACCAGCUCGUGACAUAAAAGAUGGAGCAGAUCCUAGAAUAUCAGUUGAUUUUAGUGAAGAUAUAUUUGAACUCUUGUCUUUAAGAUCUGAGCGACCAGUUGUUAAAGAGGUGUUCAACGGAUACUUUCAGGGAGACCCUGCUUUCAGAGUUGCUACUUGGAAUCUGCAACAGCUUACUAGAGAUAAGAUCUGUAAUCCUGGCGUACUGGAGGUUGUAUGCCGGACUGUAUUAGAGAAUGGAUUUAGUCUUUUAGCUAUUCAAGAAGUUAGGAGUAAAGAUGUUCUUGAAAAGAUAUGCUCAGAGCUAAACCAUGGCAGUUUAAGGCGUGUACGUGAAUGGUCAGGACCCAAGGGAGAGUGGAGAUGGCAAGUGUCAGAGGAACCUGCUGGAUUUGUAUUUCAAGGUGCUGAAUUUGCAGCAUUUAUAUACAAUGUGUGUCAUGGGAUCCAGCUGGUAUCAGCAACUUUGCUUAGUGUCCACGACAAUAACAAUGGAAAAUCUGCCAAAACUUUCACCAGAAAACCAUAUCUAGGUUAUUUUAAGUGCUAUGACUUCGACUUUGUUCUAGUCAGUCUUCACAUUAAAACCAUUCAAAUUAAUAAAAGAAAAAUAGAAAAGGGAAAUAAUGUGAAUAAAAAUGGAAGCAAGAGUGAUACAGGAACAAGCAGCAGUGGAGAAUCGCAGAAAAAUGCUGAGUUAUCCCAGCUUGCACCUCUAAUUACUGCAAUGAAAGAGAAAUUAAUGAAUGAGAAGAAUGUAAUACUUUUAGGUGACUUCAACUUACAUCCAGAUGAUGCUGCUUUUGAUGUAUUACGAGAAGCAUUUUAUAGCAACAUUGUUCCAUCAGAAGCCUUUACUGAUAUUGUUGAUGACAGUGAUGAAGAGGCACAGUCUUAUGACAACAUAUGGCUCAACCCAAACACCAGAAAAGUUUAUACAGGCAAUUGGGGAGUAGUGCAACAAGGCAUGAAUCACCUGGCUAUUCCCUGUGGCUGGGGCUGGGGUGGUGUGGUCAGUAGCCAUUAUCCAAUUUACUGUGAUCUCUGCACCCACUCUGACUUACAUCAAGGACAAACAGACAUACUGCAACCAAAUGGAAAUUUGGAAGAGGUAUCAGUAUGAGAUGAGCAUAUUUUAGCUCAGCUGCUAGAGCCUGUAAUUCAUCCAUCCAUAAAUCUUCCCUCUUGCUGCCUUUCUACUUUAAAUUGCAUUAUAAAUUUUAAAUUUUCCAUGAGAUACUGGACCUUAAUAUUGUAUUGUUAAAGGAUAUUAAUUUGAACUGAAAUUAUUCUUGGGAAUUUUUCCUUUUAAUGCAAUAAAAAAACUCUUGGCUUCUAAUAAUGCACACAUUAUUCACUUGCUUAUUGCACUUCAUGAAAUUAAACUUUAGAGUCAUAAUAGCAGCAUCCUUCUUAUAAUAUAAUACAUUUGCUCUUCUGAACUGUAUGAUACUGUUGAUAAUGAUUCUUAUAUGUUAUAAAUGGUAACUAAUUUACUGUAAUUAUACAAGGGAUGUAAAAUAAUUGCAUAUACUGUACAUUGUGUUCAUGAAUGUAACUAAGGAUUCUAUAAUGACUAAAUUUUAUUUUUACUUAUUAAUUAUAUGUUAGAACAUGCUUUAUAGAAAAUAGGAACAAAAGUCAUUAUAUUAAAUCACACUUGAGUGAAGGGAAAAGAGUAUUUGUUUCCUCACCUGUCUUGUAAGUGUAGUUACCGCAGUCAUUAUCUCAGGGUGUGAGACAAACUUGUGAAACAUACCUGCCAUGACUUAAUUAAGGCAUUUUCAGAUUUACUGUGAUACACUCGAUGCCUCUAGUUAGUAAACAUGCUCAAAUUAUCUUACAGUAUUUAUAUUGGUAGUCUUUAGAUUGUUAGAAACUAAGCACACACAUUAUUAUAAAUUCAACCUUAAAUGCCAUCUGUUUGUGUGACAUAUUAACAUUUACCUUUUUGUAAAGAUGUUAAAUAUACAGAAUCUUUACCAAAAGUUCUUAUUUACUGUCUGUAUUUAUUCUGGCAUAUGCCCGAAGCAGUGCUUGUAGUAUUUUAGUUAAAGAUAUCUUUUUGUGGGUCUGCCUUUCUGUUGCAGCAAGAAAAUGAGUGUUCCGUUAGCAAGAGGAAUGUCAAAAGGUAUAUGGAUACAUGUAUCCUGUUGAGGAAAGAAGGUAAAGGUAGAUAAGGUAAGGAAUGUGAAAAACAUAAAAUAUGGGAAGGUUGAAAUUCGUAGUAUGGGAGAGACAUUGUAGAAUGGAACACUACUGAGUGAUGGUUCACAAUAAAUAUGUUGGUAUUUUUUUUUUUUUAACAAGUCGGCCGUCUCCCACUGAGGCAGGGUGACCCAAAAAGAAAGAAAAUCCCCAAAAAGAAAAUACUUUCAUCAUCAUUCAACUCUUUCACCUCACUCACACAUAAUCACUGUUUUUUCCGCAAUGCUCAGAACACAACAGCUUAGAAGCAUAUACGUAUAAAGAUACACAACAUAUCCCUUCAAACUGCCAAUAUCCCAAACCUCUCCUUUAGAGUGCAGGCAUUGUACUUCCCAUUUCCAGGAUUCAAGUCCGGCUAUAUAAAAAUAACCGGUUUAAAUAAAAAUAACUGGUUAAUUUUUUUCUUAUUAUUUUUAGUAAUUAUUACAGGAAAAGGGGAGCUUAGGUUUAUUAAUACACUUUUUUUCCUUUUAACAUGCUGUCUGUCUCCCACUAAAGAGGGGUGACUCCAAAAAAGAAAACACAUUAGCCAUAAUUCAUUCAAUAGCUGUUUUUGGCAGAAGUGUGCAGACAUCACAAUUCGAAUGACCUCCAAACUGCAACAUCCUCACCCCAUCUUCAGAGUGCUGGCACUCUGCCUCCCACCUCCAGGUGGUAAAUAUAUUUUAUUUUGAUUAAAUUUUAAGAACAUUAUACUGGUUGAUUAAUGGUUAAGAGGGUGGACACAAGAGUUGUUGCUUGAUCUCAUAAAGUCAAGAAAGUGAGUAUAGUUGACAGUGUAAGAUAAAUUGGCAAAUAAAUAGAAAAUUUUGAACACUGACAAAAUUAAAAAAAAGGCCAGGAAGACCCUGUAAAUUAUAGGUCUUUCUACAUGAGAAGAGUUGUUGUAAAAUAUGUUUUUACUAAGCUAUUAAAGGAAAUUGGACGAAACACUUGUAAAAAUGUUUUGUAUUAUUACAUUGCUGUUCAGUAUAAAUAACUACUACUACUACUACUACUAUUACUA